GGUAUACAAUAAUAAAAUUUCACACAAAUUCGUUCAGCGAAAGCUUCAUAACACACUUAUAAAAGGGCGAAAGCAGACGAAGCCACAUAGCAAUAUGGCAGCACUUGAAGAACACUUCAUCGUCACAGCGUUAUGGUUGUGCUCGAUGUUUGCGACUUCACAACAAGCACAGUGCGACAAUCACGAUGACUACUUAAUUGAUUCUACCGGCAGAGACAUCAUCUUAGAAAUCCACAAUCAGAAAAGACAGUCCACAGCUAACGCUGGAUACAAAAAUGGUGUUAACACCUUCAACAUAAGAUAUGCAAAGAACAUGCUGGAAAUGAAAUACGAUUGUGAAUUGGAAACGAGUGCACACUCGAUUGUCUCCGCAUGCCCUCAGACAGAAACUUCCCAAACAUCACUUACGAAUGAGGGUGAAAACUUUUACAUGAUUAACAAGGAAUACCAAGAGAUUGGAUCAGCGUCACAAGCUAUGUACAUAGCAGGAACUGCAUGGUUCGAAGAGAUUACAAAAAAUGGCAUCAACCAAAAUAUAGACUUCACGCAAUUCUUCGCCAAUAAGAAACCUACUGUGUACCAUUGGUCGCAGAUGGUUUGGGCAAAAACGUAUAAAAUCGGAUGCGAGAUAGGAGACUGCGAUGGCAAAACCAUCGUAGUGUGCCGUUACAGUCCGAAAGGAAAUGUGGUGGGAGAAAAAGUUUACCAGCCCGGUCGAGAACUGACUUGCGAGAAUGGAGUAUCUCAAGGGUAUCCCAAACUCUAGUGCGACAAUCACGAUGACUACUUAAUUGAUUCUACCGGCAGAGACAUCAUCUUAGAAAUCCACAAUCAGAAAAGACAGUCCACAGCUAACGCUGGAUACAAAAAUGGUGUUAACACCUUCAACAUAAGAUAUGCAAAGAACAUGCUGGAAAUGAAAUACGAUUGUGAAUUGGAAACGAGUGCACACUCGAUUGUCUCCGCAUGCCCUCAGACAGAAACUUCCCAAACAUCACUUAAGAAUGAGGGUGAAAACUUUUACAUGAUUAACAAGGAAUACCAAGAGAUUGGAUCAGCGUCACAAGCUAUGUACAUAGCAGGAACCGCAUGGUUCGAAGAGAUUACAAAAAAUGGCAUCAACCAAAAUAUAGACUUCACGCAAUUCUUCGCCAAUAAGAAACCUACUGUGUACCAUUGGUCGCAGAUGGUUUGGGCAAAAACGUAUAAAAUCGGAAGCGAGAUAGGAGACUGCGAUGGCAAAACCAUCGUAGUGUGCCGUUACAGUCCGAAAGGAAAUGUGGUGGGAGAAAAAGUUUACCAGCCCGGUCGAGAACUGACUUGCGAGAAUGGAGUAUCUCAAGGGUAUCCCAAACUCUGUGCGUAUCCUCUAUAAGUUUGUGAAGCGAAUAAAUCUUUU